AUGUCUAAAUUUUCCACAAUAAUUAGUCAAAUUAUAGAAGAUAGUCCAGCUGGUGAAAUUAAAGAAGUCUAUGAUGAUUUAAUUAAAAUUACUGGUGAAGACUCCAAAAGUAUAAUAUUGGAUGCCAUUGAAGCAUAUAAUGUAAAGAAUAAUUUACCAAUUAAAGUUAAUGGGGAAUCUGUAAUUUUAUCUGAAUAUAAUAAGAUAGGUUCCAAAUAUUAUGAUCCUGUUAAUAAUAAAUUAUUUUCAGUUGAUCAUUUAAACUAUACUCCAUUAGAUAUUGAACCAGUAGAUAAUGAUGAUAAAAUUAACAAGCUAACACCAUCCCUAAGAGGUCUAUUGGAUGCGUUGAAGGAAUAUGCUAAGAAAGAUUAUACAGGCAAUGUUAGUGUUGCAGUUUACCCAGAUAAUGCUUCAUCUGAUAAUGACUCAAACAAAUUUGAAAUUAUUAUUAUUAGUGAUAAAUACAAUUUAAAUAACUUCUGGACUGGUAUUUGGAGAUCUAAAUAUAUUUAUGACCCAAGCUUAAAUAAUCAACUGACCGGUAAAAUUGAUUUAAAUGUCCAUUAUUUUGAAGGUGGUAAUGUUACAUUUAAUUCAGAAAAAAGUUUCAAAGAAGAUAACGUUAACCUUAGCGAAAUUUUAAAGACAAUUAAAUCAUUUGAAUCUGAUUUUGAAAAGCAAUUAGAUGUUUCAUUCAAUGAUUUGAAUGAAAAGAAAUUUAAAACCCUAAGAAGAAGAUUACCAGUCAGUAGAGCAAGAGUUAAUUGGGGUAGUUCAAUGGGUAAUUAUAGAUUGGGUAAAAAUGCUGCUGAGAAUAAAUAA